AUGAGCGCCUCCGAAACCGAGCCCCUCAUCAAGGAAAAUGCACCAUUGGUGUCCUACUACAAUUCGCUUGAAUCCCGAAUUGGCUACCGAGCAUUCCUAGGCGGUACACGUCACUUCGGUUAUUAUGAACCCGGCUGCUGGUGGCCGUUCCCCAUAACCGCAGCUCUCCGAAAGAUGGAGGAUCACCUCGCCCGAUCCUUGAAUCUGCCGCCCGGUGCGACAGUACUUGAUGCCGGCUGCGGCUAUGCACAUGUGGCGAUCCAUAUGGCGCGGAAGCAUGGUCUGAGGGUAACAGGAAUUGAUGUGAUUGACCGUCAUGUUACCCGAGGAAAAGAAAAUGUCCGCGCGGCUGGACUAAGUAAUUCAGUCAGCCUUCAAAAAGGCGACUAUCAUCAUCUCGAGAAUUUCGCGGAUCGUACAUUUGAUGGCUUGUACACGAUGGAGACCUUUGUACACGCUACCGAUCCGAAAGCUGCGUUGCAAGAAUUCUGUCGCGUCCUCGCACCCGGUGGAUCUAUCGCCCUGUACGAAUACGACCAUAUCAAUAUCGCUGGAGAUAAUAUAACCGAGGACAUGCGGAGGCAGUUUGCGCAAAUUAAUAAGUACGCGGCGAUGCCAGCCAAUAUUUCCUUCGAGCAAGGGACGCUCCAGUCGUUACUCGAAGACGCUGGCUUCAUUGAAAUCCAGUCCACGGACCUCACGGAAAAUGUAAAGCCAAUGCUCCGACUAUUCUUUAUCGUCGCCUACAUCCCGUUCCUUCUCAUAUCCUUCUUCGGCCUGGAGAAGUACUUCAUAAAUGCGGUCGCGGCUGUCAUGGGCUACCGGUACCUUUAUAUGCAUCGGUAUAUAUGUGUUACUGCAAGGAAGCCUGGGGAUAGACAAGGGCUAGAUGGCGAGGUGAAGAAGGCUAUAUAA